AUGGCACCGCCCGCACGAAUCCGGCUGGGGGCGGCCUCGCCCGGCACCGCGGCCACAACAGCCGAGACGCUGGCACAGCUGGCGCAGAUCACACGGCGGGCCGCGGUCAAGGGGAUCGACGUGCUGCUGCUGCCCGAGGCCUACAUCGGAGGCUACCCGUCCGGAACCGCCUUUGGCUGCGUCAUGGGCUCCCGCUCGCGCGAGGGCCGCGACGAGUACCUGCGCUACUUCCAGAGCGCCGUCGACCUGGGCGACUCGGUGGGUGAGGGGGGCGCCGGCGCCGGCGCGGCGUGGCUGAGGAGGGAGCUGGGCGGGCCAGGAGACGCCACUCCGCCGAGAGCCAGCCUGGACGGCAGCCCCGACGCCAAGACGCGCGGCGACGGCACCCGGGAACAGCUCGAGCUGAUUGCCCGCCAGACGGGCGUGCUCGUCGUCACGGGCUGCAUCGAGAAGGCCGGCGGCAGCAUGUACUGCGCCGUCGUCUACGUGUGUCCGCGCCUCGGCGUCAUCGGGAAGCGCCGAAAGGUCAUGCCCACCGGCACCGAGAGACUGGUGUGGGCGCAGGGCUCACCCGCGACGCUCCGCGCCGUGACCACUAUCAUCCGCGGCGUGCGCAUCAACCUGGCGGCGGCCAUCUGCUGGGAGAACUACAUGCCGCUCGUGCGCCAGUCGCUGUACGCGCAGAACAUCAACCUGUACCUUGCCCCGACCGCCGACGGCCGCGACACGUGGCUGCCAUUGAUGCGCACGGCGGCCAUCGAGGGCCGCUGCUUCGUCGUGACCGCCAACAUGUGCGUGCGCAAACCAACCGCCACGCACCCCGCUGCAAACGUCACCCACGACAGCAGCAACGGCGACGCGGUCGACGAACUCCCGGACCCAGACCACUUUGGCAGCGGCAACCGCCGCAGCUCGUGCGUGACCGAAGAGGGCUUCGAGAUCGCACUACCAUCGCCGCCGCCGCCGCCGCCGCCGCCGCAGCAGCAGCAGCAGCAGCCGCGCCGCCCAGCGUCGCAGACAAAACGCCGGCAGUCGGUGUUUGACGAGGACGGCAACGAGAUCGUGCUGUGCGGGGACGGCCCGAAGGCGCAGCGUCUGUCAGUGGCAAACGGGCACCAGCCUGCCGCGUCCGCGUCGUCCGACACUAAAUUCGUCUCGCGCGGCGGCUCCGCUAUUGUCUCGCCGUUCGGCGAGGUGCUAGCUGGUCCGCAGUGGGAGGACGACGAGGGCAUCAUCUAUGCAGAUGUCGACUUUGACGACUGCAUCCGCGGCAGGCUGGACCUGGACACGGCGGGGAGCUAUUCGAGAAACGACUCGUUCAAGUUCUCCGUCGAAGGCCUCGACCUGACGCCGCUGCCGUAUUAG